AUUGUGUGGGGAGGUUGGGUUAAGCUUGUGGUUUGAGGUUGAUCUGCCAACUCUGCAGUAAAACCCAGGUCCUCACUUGUAUAGAGUUAACCUAUUCGUUCAUUCCAGGUGUCUACAAUGCAAGACAUUUAAUAUAUGAUGAUGGUUGUUGUUUAUUUGUGGAUCAUUCAACUUUGUAUGACCUUUUGUACAGCACAAACUUGUUUAAAUUGUUUGAACACAACAUCUGAGUGGUGUCACGUCAUAUCAACGUCGUCAUGUGAUUGUGAAUGCCAAUGCAACCCUGGCUAUUAUCGGAUAAACAACGCACAGAAUGUAUCGGCGUGCGCAACUGUACGCUGGUUUGGGGGUAAGAUGGUUUUCAACGAAGAAGUUUCAAAAUUGGAGGCAACCACGACGAUACGCACAAUGUUCCAACCCUACCCAGCCUUCAUCGAGGUGCUAGUCUUCAACGCUGAGAGACAAACCAUGGCAACAAUAGUUUCAUAUCAGUUGAUAUUUAAGAAUCAACAAAAUACAUACACGGAUAUCGAGCAGGAAUUCAGCAACUUAUAUAAUUGUAGUUUAUUGAAUUCAACCAUUGCUACAACGGAUGUAAAUCUUGCAGCUACGUGCCCGAUUGUCGUGGACCCCACCAUACUCUGCAACGGGAACACUUCGUUCAGUUCAAUGUGCGACAAAACAUCAACAAGUUGCAACACAAGCGAGGAAGGGUUUGUGAUGUGCUCGUGUAACCAAGGUUAUCAACCCAACACCCCAACAUCAUGCAUGCGUGCCGCAUGUAUCACUGACAGCGAAUGUAACAACCCCUUUGGUAAAUGCAAGGUUGGAACAUGCUCGUGUUUCUGGGGGUUUUAUGGCAGCAACUGUGGGCAACCGUGGUUGUUCAUAUUCACCGUGGUGACAUCGGUUUGUGGAUUCCUUAUAAUUAUCCUCGUCACAACAAUCAUCUGUCAAUCAAAGAAGGGCGGGGCAAGUUCGGUGACGCAGAACGGGGUGUCGUCACAUGAGGGCGAUGUGGACCUUAAGAACCCAUUCACGGACUUCCAACCAGGUCAGAUGAGAGCGAGGGUUCCGUACGAUCGUGGGUUGGAGAUGGAGGGUUCGAAUACGACUCCUACCCCGCGAGCACAACCAGAUGGAGACGGAACUUAUGUAAAUAUUGGCUUCGAAUCUAAUCAUAAUAAACACAACGACGACACGGCAGCUAAAUACUUUUGACCCCCCCCCCCCUGCACCAACCACUAAUUCUUGCUAUUUUAUAUUUAUUAUUGCACAUUCACUGUUACCCACCCACACAUUGUGUUUACCUACCCCUGUGCAUCCCACACUUAUCGGUGCCAAGCAUGUCGCUUCUGUAAAAUAAAAUAUUCAAA